AUGCUUCGAAUUCAGGCAUUGCUCUUUACCGUUCUCUUCUUGACCGCAGUCUUUGCAACCCCUAUCCAACAGAAACAGAAACAGAAACGCUCGUUCAAGAUCCCCCGCAUACGCAACGCCAACUACAAGCCAAAUGGAAAAGCAGCCUACAAAAGAGCUCUCAUCAAAUUCGGGUUCAACGACAUCAGCUUCGUGCCCGAUGGAGAGGUGGCCACCAGGAUUCGAGCAGCAACCGCCGCUGCUGUCAAUGCGACAGGCAACGAAGAUGGCGGAACCACGGCGGCUCCUACUCAGAACGAUGCUCAAUUUCUUUCACCGGUGACCGUCGGCGGACAGCAGUUGAUCAUGAACUUCGACAGUGGCUCAUCUGACUUCUGGGUCUUCAAUACCAACCUCGCCAAAUCUGCCCAAAAAGGCCACACCAUCUACAAUCCAACUCAAUCAUCCACCUUUCAGAAUCUCGAUGGCACUUUCAACAUUAGCUAUGGCGAUGGCUCUUUUGCAUCCGGCCCUGUUGGUGUUGACCAAGUCGACAUCGGUGGCGCUACUGUCGCAGCUCAAGCCAUUGGCCUUCCCGAUACCGUCGGCAGCAGCUUCAUAACUGACUCUGUAGCGAACGGCCUCGUUGGCCUUGCUUUCAGCAGCCUCAACACCAUUCAGCCCAACCCACAAAAGACCUUCUUUGACAACGUCGUGUCCGACCUGACGUUGCCACUCUUCACGGCUCAAUUGAAGUCUGGUCAGGUCGGUGCCUACGAGUUUGGCAACAUUGAUAAGACGGCAUUCACAGGCACCCUCGCCACUGCUGCAGUCGAUUCAUCUCAAGGCUUCUGGGAAGUCGAGUCAACAUCGGCAGCUGUCCAAGGUCAGACUGUGAAUAUCGUCAACGGCCGAGCAAUUCUCGACACGGGUACAUCACUGAUGUUGGUGUCUGAUGAUAUGCUUGUAGCUUAUUGGAACACCGUCGACGGGGCGCAAUUGAGUCAAGAGGCCGGUGGGGUGAUUUUCCCCUGCAACACCGCCCUGCCGGAUCUUCAGGUGGCCAUUGGGAAUUCGCACCUCGCAACAGUGAAAGGCGACGGAAUGAAUUUUGCCGAAGUUGGGACCGAUACCCAGACUGGUACCGAUUUCUGUUUUGGCGGCCUGCAGUCUAACCAGGGUCUUCCUUUCUCCAUCUACGGCGAUGUCUUUUUCAAAUCACAGUUCGUCGUCUUCGAUGGUUCGACACCCUCGGUCAGCGUGGCACCGCACAAAUGA